UUGGCCUCGCAUUGUUGUUUGAUCGGGCUGGUGGUAGUCUCACCGAACAAAUGAGCGACGCCAUCGCCAAAGAAGAGCCAAAGAGGGUUCAUGCGCAACAGCUCAUUGCUGAGGUUCGUGCUAUGUGGGAUGAGUGGGACCUGCGAGAUGGUGAGAGAGAUGACAAGUUGGAGUUUGAUGCCUUCUACAAUGGACUCUUGGCACCGUACUUUGGCUGCUACAGGUGCGAGGAGACGAAGCGCGCUUUGAAAGCAAUUGACAUGGAUGAAGAUGGAACGGUGGAUUGGAACGAGUUCGCCUUGUACCUAAAGUGGGCCGCUCGCCAGUACCCCGAGACCAAAACUGCUGAGGAUCUCCUGUCCAUAGCCUUCCGUAAAGGUCUAAUUCCAGCCAUGCAAGACGAGUGUGUAAAAGAAGUCUGAUAGCACGAAAGCCUCUACGUUGUUUUUCUGGGACUAGCCAAUUUCAUGAUGUAGCUUAUAGCCUUUAUAGACAUUUAAAAGACCAUCGUUGUUCUUUCAAGGUAUUUUAGGCGAAUACGUUUUAACUUUACAGUUAACUCGCUCCAAUUUUUAAAAGAGUGGGGAGGUUGAUUUAUUUGGAAGGUAUUAAGAAGGCAUCGCCUUAGAUUUUCCAUCAAAGGCUUUUGAAAAUGCAACGGUCUCGUUCGUUGUCUAUGAGGUGUUCGUCUUUUUUGUUAUUAAUAUGACAGAUCAUUUCUUACACAAACGUUUUCUGCUAAGAAACAUCCGUGGACUGAGAAUGAUGACCAGGGGCAUAGUAAGGAAAUUCUUGGAGGUACGCAUAGUUUUCCAAGUCAUUUGUACCCCUUCUCCUGAAUCAUUUUGACGCAGGUGACUUGAUUAUAUUUCCAUUUUUUGGCCCCUCCCCUAAGGCAACGUUUUGCCCUAAGUAAGAAGUAAGUGUUAAUGUUAGCUUAGGGGAGGGGUAGGUGGGCCGUAUCCCAGAAAACUAAAUUGAUCCCACUUUUCUAUAAGAAUAGUGGGGUAACCAUUACGACCGUGUUCUUGUGACGGCUUUCGCGUGCACCUUGGACCGUUGAUCUAUAUGCUGUAAAUAUUGGCAAUGGUAUUGUCUAUAGGUUGAUCUUCUCUUUGUUGCUGAUGACAGAUAAUUGCUUAUACAUAAAGUUUGCACUUGCAAACAUUUCUCCGGUUAACGGUAAAAAAUCCGGGAAGGAUGAUUACCAGGGGCGUAGCUAGAAAUUAUUGGAGGUAUUGGAGGUUAAGUAUAGUUUUCCUAAUCAAUCGUACCCUUUCUCCUAAAUCAUUUUGGCGCGGACAACGUGAUUAAAUCAUUUCCUUUUUUUAAAAGAAUAGUGAGAAAGAAAUAGGACCGUUCAUGUGUAUGCUGUAAAUGCUUCCAUGGUUGUUGUCCAUGUUUUACACUGAAAGGUUAAUUUGGCUAUCCUGAAUAUUUUCUUUGUUGGACAUCAAAAUGACACCUGGAAUCUAGCCCUCCGCCGCAGGCACGCGAUAUGACGUACUCAAUUCCGCGGGUGUGACGAUCCAGUGACGGGGCUUUGGACAGAGUGUGCUGCUAUUGUUUAAGCAGAGCUUUUCUGUUUUUUAUGCCCUUCUGAUGAGCCCACGUGCAAAAUAAUCAUUGUUCUGUCCGUGUCGUGUUUUGCAAAGUUAAUUUUCGUGUAGAAUGAUCAGCUUUGCAGAUCAGUGUAUCGUAUUGACUUGAUAUUGGUUUGGUGAUCAGAUCUCGGUCUCCUUCUUGUACAUGUAGAUCCUACUUAUAGAUCGUAUUUUCUGUGACGUAUUCGUUUUCGUUUAUCCUUUGCAGUGAAAAUAUUGAUAAUGGAAAAAAAGUACCGCAUUUUUGCUUUAAUGAAAAAAUUAUCGGAUCGAGGCAAAGCGGACUUUUGGGCAACUUCAUCGUUUUCUGCUAUAUAUCCAUUAUUUACCUUCUGUCCAUUUGCUUUGAGUUCCUUUUUUUUUUGUUUUAUUUAUCUUCGACAUUUCUUUGAGGCACGCAGGUGCGCACUAAUGACAGGUGGCUACGGCCCUGAUGACAUAGGAGGGUUUAGCAACACCUUUUCUGGGUCCCGAAACCCAGAUUUAACCUCCAUUCAGAAGACACCUUCACACUCAAACGUUACUGACCACAAAGCGGGUUAAUACCUAGACUAUGAUAUCUUGAAUUUCUGAUGGCAGCUUUCACAAACUGAGAAAUCUCACUUAAAUCGAUGUUGUGCACUUGCGUGAAUUCAACAUAUAAUGUCGCCAUGGAGAUAAGUUAAUGAUGAUGAUUUUAUAUUGUUUUUUUUGGUUAAUAAUUAACAAACCCCAGCCCAACCCCUAUUCAAGGGACACUUGCCUCGGUCCCGAGGGUGUCCCCUAAAUAGAGGUUCCGCUGAAUUUGAUUCAAUAUAUAUUCUCCCUAAUUUCUUAAAAGCGGGAAACGCAUUUUUUUCUUUUUCAUGAAUUGUAAACACCUCCCUCCCCCCCCAAAACAAAAAAUUUUAAGAAGUAUUAGAUAUUUUGGGUAACGGGCCCAUUGCAGGAAUUAGAAAUUUCUGCACAAGAAUUCCAAUUAAAAUACUUAACGAUAUAUUCUGUUAAAAGAGCGUUCCUUGUCUUAAAGUUUAAAAGUAACCGAAUAACUGAAUGCUUCGGCGUGGACAGGCACCUUUUUUAAAAAAUGGUAGCGUGCUUUGAAUGGAGGGGUAUUCUCUAUACGGGGAGGUUCCUCCCGAAAGGGGUACCAUUUUUAGGCUUUAGGUAUACGAAAGGGUAGGGAUUUCACUUGUUGAAGUAUAUGAAAGAGGAGGGAAACCGGUCUGUUAAACGACCUAAAAGGGCUACAGAAGGAUCUCAUGGCUAAAAUUUUCUAGUUUUGUGAUUUAUUCAAGACAUAUUCAACGAGAUAGAGCAUUUACGGAAUGAAGAUGAUGUGAGCCGCGGAAAUACAAAUUUAAUUGAAGAUAUGAUCGUCACAGUGGUGAUUGCAAUUUGAGAAACUGCAAAUUAACCCGACAAAAAUUGCCAGACUUCAACGGGAUUCGAACCCAUGGCCUCCGCAUUAGCGCUGUAGUACUCUACCAACUGAGCUAUGAAGACCCAUACGUUGGGAGCUGCAGGCAAAUUUGAUGAGUUCAUGUUAACUGAACCACCGGACUGACCCACUGCGACGAUCAUAUCUUCAUUUGAAUUUGUAUUUCCACAGUUCACGUCAUCUUCAUUCUCUUCGUUCCUUUCACGAGUUAAAAUGUAGGCACGACACACAACUGAAACAUACAGACAAAUCUGCAAAAUAUAGUUGUGGGGAAAAAGGAUUAGUUAAAACAUCUGAACAAAUGGUGUGAAUACUGACUGGUAUAAACACAAGCAAAACUUGAAAACUUUGCACUUUCUUUUCUAAGUACGUCUAAUUGAGCGCAGGGGGUCACUUCAUAACUUCAACUUCAGGAGUUGAAAAAAUCGCGAUAAAGAUUUUGCUUUUUCAGCCACGUUUUCAGCGCCGACCCCGUCGUGGUAUCCUCAACUAAACAUUCCGUAGCCGGUAAACAUUCAUUUCAAUUUCAAUGACAAUCACAAAACAAGAUUAGAAGAUCAGACAUCAGAACGAAAAACCUUAGUUCCUUUAUUGUUUGGCACUAAAAAAGCACUUGUCGUUUGUCCUGUCUAACAAAAAAACAUCUGGACUAGGUAUGUCGAGAACGGACCUCUGGAACCGGGGUAGACUGUGUCUAAUUGCCGCACCUUCGAAGCAGAAAAGGCUGAUUGAUGAUAGAGAUUGACUUCUUCCAAUAAGAGACAGCAAGGCAAGAUAACUUCUAGUCUGCUACACAGCCGUUUUUAGUGUCGUCACGCAACGCUCCUAAAGCUAACAAGAAGUCCGCGUCGAACUCACAACCCGCGCUGUCUCGAGUUCGAGUCCCACUCUGACCACUUGGUAGAUUUGUUCUUGGUCGUCCCACUCUGUCCCAGUCCCACUCUGACCACUUGGUAGAUUUGUUCUCGGUCGUCUCACUCUGUCCCAGUCCCACUCUGACCACUUGGUAGAUUUGUUCUCGGUCGUCUCACUCUGUCCCAGUCCCACUCUGACCACUUGGUAG